ACUGUUUCUAGUUCAUAUAAGCUGUACUCCGUGGAAAUGGAGCCUCUCAAUUUACUGGUAAUCGAUGAGGCAGCCCAGUUGAAAGAAUGCGAGUCAGUAAUUCCUCUGCAACUCCCUGGUGUCAAGCAUCUGAUUUUAGUUGGAGAUGAGUGUCAGUUGCCUGCUAUGGUUGAAAGCAAGCUUUCUAAUAGGGCUGGUUUUGGAAGGAGUCUGUUUGAACGAUUGAGUUCACUGGGUUAUUCAAGGCAACUUCUCAAUAUACAAUACCGGAUGCAUCCAUCAAUAAGUCUGUUUCCAACUUCAAACUUCUAUAAAAACCAAAUUUUGGACGCGCCAGAUGUGCAGAGCAAAAGUUACAGAAAAAGUCAUUUGCCAUGGCCGAUGUUUGGCCCUUACUCGUUCAUAAAUAUUCCUGAUGGACGAGAACAAAUCGGUGAUGACGGCUGUAGCCUUAGAAACCCUGUUGAGGUGGAAGUUAUCUCGAGGAUAGUGAGGAAUCUGUACAGAGCCUGGGAUGGGUCAGAAGAACAUCUGACAGUAGGCGUCAUAUCUCCCUAUGCAGCUCAGGUUUCUGCAGCUCAAGCUAAACUUGGAAAAAGGUAUGAAAAUAUCAAGGGCUUUAUGGUCAAGGUGAAGUCGGUGGAUGGAUUCCAAGGUGGUGAAGAAGACAUUGUUAUAAUAUCCACCGUAAGAUCAAACUCACGUGGGACUAUUGGGUUCUUGUCCAGUACUAAGAGAACCAAUGUUGCUCUUACCAGGGCCAGGUAUUGUCUGUGGAUUCUGGGAAAUGGGAAAACACUGAGAAAAAGCAAAUCUGUGUGGGAAGCUUUGGUUGAGAAUGCUAUGAGCCGUGGAUGUUUCUACAAUGUUGAUGAUGACAAGGACUUGGCUAAAGCCAUCUUAGAUGUGAAGAAAGAGAAUAAUGAGCUUGAUGACCUGCUUGACGGAAGCAGUGUACUUUUCAGAAAUGCUAGGUGGAAGGUUCUUUUCAGUGACAACUUCCUGAACUCUUUCCGAAAGCUGACAUCACUCAAGACAAAGAUGCCCAUCAUCAACCUUCUGUCAAAACUCUCCAGUGGCUGGAGACCAAAGAAGAGAAAUGUGGAUAUAAUUUGUGAACACUCAUCUCAUAUUGUGAGACAAUUUAAAGCUGACGAUUUCUAUGUCAUAUGCACGACUGAUAUUGUAAAGGAAGAGAGAUACAUCCAAAUUCUGAAGAUAUGGGAUGUAUUGCCUUUAGGGGAAGUGGCAAAAUUGGUCAAACGUUUGGACAGCAUAUUCGAGACAUAUAGUGAUGAUUUUAUUAGUCGUUGCAAUGAGAAAUGCAUUGAGGGGGAUCAGGAAGUUCCGAAGACCUGGCCUUUUGAUGUUGUGCGCUAUCAAAGUCCUAGUGAAGAUCAAUUUGGGAGUAGUUCUGAUGCUGAUGCUUCAGAUCAUAGGUUGUAUGGAGAGAAUGCAGAAGUGAGCGAGAGUUUGUUUCUGACAAAAUUCUUCCCCUUCUCAUCAGAUGGUAAUGAAGCGAGUUUUCCAUCUGAAGUAACAGAGAAAGAACAAGAGAUAAUUCUCUUCCCCAGAAGCACUUUUAUACUUGGGCAAUCUGGAACCAGAAAAACUACAGUCCUGACAAUGAAGUUGUUUAGAAACGAGAAACUGCAUGAUGUAGUAACCAAGGGAUUUCAGGAAAUCCAAAGUGGUAUCAGCCACAGAAAAGAUGCCUCUCUGGGAAUCAAUGUUGAGGAAAUUGGUGAAGGAGCAGAGGAUUGCGUAGUGCGCCAGCUUUUUGUGACUGCCAGUGCAAAAUUAUGUUUUGCGGUCAAACAGCAUUUGUCUCAACUUAGAAGCUCCAGCAUUGGUGCUAAACAUAGGGGAGGAAUCUCUUCAGUUGGUGAGAUUGUUGAUGAUGCAGCAUUAUUCAAGGAUAUCCCAGAUUCAUUUGUAGAUAUAUCUCCCAACUCUUAUCCCCUUAUUAUAACUUUUCAUAAGCUUCUGAUGAUGCUAGAUGGAACAGUUGGGGCUUCAUUCUUUGAAAGGUUUCCUGAUCUAAGGGAGUUUUGUCAUGGCCAAACCUACAAUUCCAGACCAGUUGCCUUACAAAGUCUUGUAAGAGCAAAGGAGGUUACUUACGAAAAGUUUUGUGCAGUUUAUUGGCCUCACUUCAAAGACAAGACAAGAAGGAGUCUUGAUCCUUCCAGAGUCUUCACUGAAAUAAUGUCCUGUAUAAAGGGUGGUCUUCAACCAGCUGAUGGUUGUGAAGGCAAACUGGACAGACUAGCUUAUGUUUCACUUUCAGAAGGUCGCGUCUCCACUCUGAGUGUUCAGAGAAGAGAAAAAUUUAUGAUGCGUUUGAGGAUUAUGAAAAGAUGAAAAUGAAAAAUGGUGAAUUUGAUUUGGCCGAUCUUGUCAAUGAUCUUCAUCGCCGUCUUUUUCAUGGGCAGUUUACCGGUAAUUUGGUGGAUUUUGUAUAUGUUGAUGAAGUGCAGGAUCUCACCAUGAGGCAAAUUUCACUGUUCAAGUAUAUAUGUAGAAAUGUUGAUGAGGGCUUUGUGUUUUCUGGCGACACCACGCAAACUAUUGCAAGGGGAGUAGACUUCAGUUUUGAAGACGUAAGGUCCCUUUUCUACAAAGAGUUCUUGAUAGAUUCAAUGGAUGGACCUGAUAUCAGAAUGGAAAAGGGUUGUCCUUCCAAAACUUUCCAUUUGAGCCAGAACUUCCGCACUCAUGCUGGUAUACUCAAACUGGCGCAGAGUGUUGUUGAUCUUCUUUACC